CACUGCAAAACCUCUGACCAGCUUUCGCCCCCCUUCCACUCUAAGCAAAGGUACACCGGAAGGCCCAGCAGCAGCUCAGAUGCUGCCAUCUUGAUGCCACCUCUCCACCCUCUUUUCCUUUCUCCUCUCUCUCACACAAUGGCAGGGAACAGCCUGUCGCCGGAGGUGUGGAUGCUGCUGCUGGUGGCGGCCGCGUGCGCUCACGCAGCGUCCUCGGCCAAGCCGAAGGUCUGCGACAAGGGGUGGGAGUGCAAGGCGAGCGUGUACUGCUGCAACGAGACCAUCUCGGAGUUCUUCCAGGUGUACCAGUUCGAGGACCUCUUCAGCAAGCGCAACGCCCCAGUCGCCCAGGCCGUCGGCUUCUGGGACUACCACUCCUUCAUCACCGCGGCCGCCGUGUACGAGCCGCUCGGCUUCGGCACCACCGGCGGCAAGCAGAUGCAGAUGAAAGAGGUUGCCGCCUUCCUCGGCCACGUCGGCAGCAAGACAUCAUGUGGAUAUGGCGUUGCGACCGGUGGUCCGCUCGCAUGGGGGUUGUGCUACAAGCGUGAGAUGAGCCCGAGCCAGUCCUACUGCGACCAAAGCUACGACUACCCAUGCACGCCCGGAGUCGAUUACUACGGCCGCGGUGCUCUGCCCGUUUACUGGAACUACAACUACGGAGCCAUCGGGGACGGCUUGAAGGUUGAUCUCCUCAACCAUCCCGAGUAUCUCGAGCAGAAUGCCACCCUAGCUUUCCAAGCUGCGAUCUACAGGUGGAUGACGCCCAUGAAGAAGAAGAAGCAGCCUUCCGCCCACGAUGUGUUUGUGGGAAAGUGGAAGCCCACCAAGAACGACACAUUGGCGAAAAGGCUGCCUGGAUUCGGAGCUACAAUGAACGUUCUCUACGGGGAUUUGGUCUGUGGUCUGGGCUCCAUCGAUGCCAUGAACAACAUCAUAUCCCAUUACCAGUAUUACCUCGACCUGAUGGGCAUCGGCCGCCAGUUCUCCGGCGAUAAUUUGGAUUGCGCAGAGCAAGAGGCCUUCGAUCCUUCUACCGCAUCCUCCACAUCGUCCCCCACGGCGGCCAGUACUUGACAUCAUUUCGAGUGAUCAUCUUUCUCCCAAGUGCUGAGAACACUUCUUCUACGUAACAAUGUGACAUUCAUGAAUUUGUAUGAGAAAUAUAAUGACAAUAUUGCAAGUAAAUGUUCAGUAAAGAUAUAAUGAUCA